AUGGUGGCGGUGGACUCGACAGGCAAAGUUGAUCGUAAGUUUCGAUGUUUGCGUAGAUGACAUCAUAGCUGACGACAUUAUAACCAAAUCUGGGUCGUUUCCCAUUUUUCUAUUCACUUUUCCACAAUUUUUUUUAAUUAAGUUUUCAUGUUUUCUAAUAUUUUUUUAAAAAACUAUAUUCAAUCCUGAACGCAUUUUCUUGAGUUAUUUGAAAAUUUGCUCUGGAAAUCGCUGAAAAUGUGUUGAGGAAAUGAGGCACUUUUUCCACAUUUUUCCUUCACGCGAUAUUUGUUUACUUUUAUUUUUUCUGAUGCUUUGUUGCGUUUUGAGAGAGAAUAAUUGAGUUUUGCCAUUUUUUUUUUGUUGAAAUGCUUCGAAACAAUAUACUUUUUGAGGAAUUUAGUCUAGUUUAGUUUCACGCCGUAAUCAGGAACUCGAAAAGUUUCGAUGAUUCAUAGGAAAACUUCAAAGCUUUCUUGAUUAUUUGCUUGCUAUAAAAAUAACAUAUAGAACGAAAAAUUUCUGUUUGCAUAUUUUUUUUCCUAAUCGUUUGAAGACCUUUUUCGAAUAUUGUUUCAAGUAAGCCAUGGAUGAACUUUGCUCUGUUUUCUUAUUCAAAGAGCGAGGUUUUUCCGACAAUUAUUUCCAAGCACGACCUUCGAAAUCACCAAGUAAACAAGAAGAUUUAUGAAAGGGAAAGAAAAUGAACGCGGAACCGCCUGAGAAACACGAAGAAUUGGGGCUUCUGCCGUUGGAAAUGGACGGCGAGAGGCAGGACGCAGAGCCGCGAGACUCUUGAGCCGCCGAGUCAAUGAAGAAGCUGUCUCUAGAGGAGGCUAGAAGUGCUCCAGGCGUUUUUAGGGCACUGCAGCCAGGGACGCAGAUUCCUCCCAAAUUGCCACUCACACACACUCUCGUUUGGAGUUCCCUUUUUCUCACUUGGAUCUCUAUUAGAUAUAACUUCUUGAUUUAUAGGCCAUUUCACGCUAGUAACGUUUUUUUCUGCAAAAGGAAACGGAUAAACCUCGCUCUGGGACUUUUUUGAAGCGUCCCGAAAAAAGUUUGAUUCCGUUAGCUUUAAAUAUUCUGUAAUUCGACCGUUUCGCGCGGAAUUUACUGAAUCCCAAUAAGGAAGUUUCUAGAAACUUGAACGAAAAGUUUGAAGUUUCAAUUCAAUUCAAUUUGUUUAUUUUUUCGCAACAUCGGGAUGGUAUGGUGAUGUUGCAGGGAGGGAAAAAGACCACUAGGUGGAUUAACUAACCCCACCUGUUUCGAAGCUUUUCAUUUUCCGCGCUUUUUAAACUGCGAUGAGUGCUGUUAACAUCAUUUAAAGUUUAUUUUUCAGGUUUUCUUGGAAUUUUUACCCUUCCAAAGCUAUUCUCUAUGUUUUGAAAGACGUGAAGCGAUAAAAAAUUCUUUUGUCAAUUUUUCCAUCAAAUAUUCACUACGUAUACGUCAGUUUCGUGAAUUAUGGUGUCUUCUGUGUAAACACACCGGAACGCAUUAUCGCAUACUUCAAACUUUUUAUUUUAAAUUUUGGAAUUUUUGAGCUAAUGAAAUCAACUCUAUUUGAAGAAAAUGAUGUUGAAAAAAACCUUGGAAAAUUCUAAAAAGCUGUGUGAACAUCCUUUUCUUCGCGCGUUCGUCAAAAAAUUUUCUCUUUCCUAUCCCAAAUUUCGUUUCGAUACCCUUUUUUUAAAAAUUACCGUCUUUCUAACAAAUUUUCGUAUUUUACUAAAUCAAAUCAUAAAAAAGGCUUUCAGAGCUUCGAAAAAUGCCCGAAAGCGUCGCUGAAAGACGUAGAAAGGUUAGAUACUGCUUCAAAUGUUCCCUAGAAAAGGGAAUUUUUCUUAAGAUUCUGGUCGGCGAACUGCCCCCGGAUUUUCUUCGUUUGGCUGUACCUGCCCCAACGGCGGCCGGUCCUGUACCUGUUUCCGUCGUUGAUCCGGCAACUGCCGCUGAAUUGGAACAGCAGCAUCAGCAGUACGCGGCUGCUGUUCAGCAGGUGAGGAAAAUAGGACGAGAAAAGGGCAAAAAGUACCUUGAAAGGAUCACAGUGUUCCAAAAGAGACGGCGGCAAGCCAAAAAAAAGGUCGUCGCAAUGGGGCGAAAACGCGAGUUUUUUCUAACGCAACGCGGUGCGGCGCGUAUCACCCUUACAAAAUUUCAUUUAUUUUUGAUACGGUUUUUUCUCCUUUUCUACCAUUCUUUUGUAUUUUUUCACGUUGUAUGUGUUCUUAAAACGUGUUUAUCGCGUUAUUCAGAGAUUUGAAGAAAUUUUCGAUUGUUUUCGUCACAGAAAUUUGCAUUAAAAGGACAUUUUUUUGAUGACAACUUAUUUCGCAUAAGAUAUUUCUUUUUUUGUUUUAUAAAUUUCAAAUAAACUUUCUUGAGAGAAACGCUUUGAGAUUUUUUUUCUCCAAAUCGAGGCAGUAUUUGACGAAUUUAUUCUUGAAAAUGUCAUUUUGGGUGACAACUUUAUUCGUACAAGCUAUUAUGUAUCUGUUUUUUUGUUUUAAAACGUUCAAGUGGUAUUUCUUAAGAGAAGUGCUGUGAGCUUUUUUUCUCCAUUUUCCCUUUGAAGUCUCGAUUUGACGAGUUUUCCUAAAAACGACAUUUUGGGAGAUAUUUUGUUUUGCAAAAACUUUUUCGUCUCUUUCUUCAUUUAAAUGUGUUCGUUAUAAUUUAAUACAUAUUAAAAAAAUCUUUGAAAAACUUGCGAGAACCUAGGAAAAAACAUCAUUUGAUGGUCUUUUUUUCCAACCACUAAAUCCACAAAACUUGACUCUCAUCCCCGCGCCCCUAUUGCAAUAAACCGUGCCGCUGUUGCAGUCAGCCAAGCCUACUGACCACAGCUGCCGCUCGUUUGGGAACACUGUGAAGGAGCUUUUGUUUUCAAGUGACCACCCUAUGACUUUUUAUGGAAAAUAUUCCGAUCUUUUUUGUUGAAAGCCGAAGAAAGGAGUUUAUAGGUCAUUCCGCGCCAGCUUGUCACGAUUUUAAAUUUCAAACAAUCUUUUUGAUUUUCUUUUUACAAACUCAGCACAGAGUCUGAGUGUGUAUAGUUAAGGCGAAAAAUGAAAUCAAUCCAUUAAAAACAGCCUCGUAACUUAAUAAAAGAGAAAGAUAAAAUCUAAGGAAUAUCUUUUAUCAGAAAUAAUAUUUUAUUAAAGGCGCACGCAAGGGAGAACACCGAGAGCAUCGAAGCGAAGCGCCGAAAUGGGUUCUCUAGCUCCGAGGAAAUUUAAAAUCGUGACAAGCUGGCGCGAAAUGACCUAUAGAACAUUUUUCGGAACAUUUUUUAUUUUUUUGAGGCUUUUUGGAAUGUCUAUUGGAGUUUGCUCUUGGAAAUCUCUUUAAAAAACUUUUUCGAAGCCAAGAAAUUCGUAAAUCCUAGUAGAUAUCUUUAACUUAUUUAGAAAUUAGCGCAGUCCAAGAAUCCUUUCGAAUGAUAAAAGCAAAGAGAAGUCUUAUUUUUUUACUCCUCUUUAACAAAAUAAUAUUUUUUACAGUUUUCUAGACCUUCUUUUUGAAAAUUCGUCGAUCUUUUUUUUUUAUUUUCAGUGAUUUUUUUGAAUUGAAUAGUCAUUUUACAGCAACUCUACGGAUUCGUGCCGCCAAACACCCGCGGACGACUAUCCGUGACGAUCCAAGAGGCCAAUUUGGUCAAGAACUACGGCCUCGUCCGCAUGGACCCUUAUUGCAGGUUACUUUUCAUUUUUCAUUCCAUAAAAUUGUUCCGAAAGUCCUUUUAUUUCUUCUUUAUAAUGAUUUAGAUGAGUUUCUUGUCCUUUUUGCAUUUGUAGAACCCUAUUUGAUUUUUUUCAAAUGAAAUAAUUCAGUUUGAACUUUUUUUAAAAAAAUUUCUGAUUUUAUUUCUGUCGUCUUAUUUGAUAAUUCUAUGAAAUUAAUUCAUUCUCAAAUUUUUGGUUUUUUUAAAAUUAUUGCCAUGUUCAGGAUUAUUCUGAAUGCCCCCAAGUAGGUAAAAAUUAUUUUUCUAACGGGUCUCGAAGCGAUCUGAAAGGAGACCGCGUUCUUGAUCGGACAUGAGGGGGACUAAGGAGUUUUUUUCCCUUUUCUGUUCAACUAAUUAUAAGUUCAAAGCUUGAAUAUGUUUCUCACUCGAAAAAAAUUGAAUGUUUUUUUAAGAGUUCGGGUCGGGAACGCGGUCUUCGAAACGAACACAGUUCUGAGUGGCGGCAGGCAGCCGGCCUGGAACCGCACCGUUCAUGCAUAUCUGCCCAACAACGUCGAGAGUAUCUACAUCCAGAUUUUCGAUGAGGUUAAUGUUUCUCCCCAAAUAUAAAAAGCUUGAAAAGAAGAACAAACUGCUGUCAAAUGAUGAUUAUAUCUACUUCAAUAUGUAAUUUUUUGAGAUUUCAGAAAAUUUUUCCGAAUUUCAGUUCUUUCUUUCGAUUUUUGUUCAUAAUGCUAAUCAAAAACUUGUUAAGAAGAAUAAUUUCAGAGAAAUUACACUUUAUAGCAUAUCCCCCUGCCCCGCCUCGAUUUUUUUCAUCGAUAUCAUUUUAAAAAUUAAGAACUUCCUUUUUGUAAAUUUAUGAGGUUUAGAAGAACCAGCUUCCGACUUUUAAUCCACAUUUUCCUUAGUCAGCUUCAAAUCCUCCCAAAGUUGAAAAUAAUUCAGAGAAAAAUCUUGUUUCUAGUUUGAUUUUUUUAACAAAAAGCCUCCUUUAAAUGCUACUUUUUUUCAAUAAUUAAUAUUUUAAAUAUUCUCAUUUUUUUCCCUGACUCUAAACAAAAUUUCAUUUAUUCCAUGUUCAAAAUGCUUAGAAACGCCAGAGUGGUCCCUAUAUGGUUUAGAGCUUUACCCCAAAAGCUCAAGUGGUCUCUGUAGGAAUUUUCUAAAUUUCUUUCUUCUUUAAAAGUUAAAUACGUAUAUAGGGAUCACUAGCGUGCUCCCCUGGAGUGGCCUCUUUUGCAAGCUUUUUUGCCACCCUACUUAGGAAUUUCAUAGUCCCUAAAGGGGUUACGGGGGCAAUCUCUACGAACCUCUAUAGAGGCCCCUAUACUUCUAAAGUGGUCCCUAUAAGCGUAAAACUAAGUGGCCUCUCAAGUGGCUUAGAAUCUGACCCCUUAGCCCCUAAAGCUCAAGUGGACCCUAUAGGUCUCACAAGUUUAUUCAAAAAACGCUAAUUUAUCCAGUUUUCUCCCAUGGAGAUGCUUCUUCGCUUAAAGUUCAAAACAUUUAUCGACUAGCAUUUUCCCUAUAGGGACCACUUUUACAAGCUUGAGUGACCUCUAUAGGGGCUGGUAAUGUGGUCCCUAAGGUUGCCCCUCUAGACACCACUCGGCGUUUUGGGGAAUUUUGCGGAACUCAAAAAAAACGUCACAGAUUAAAAAAAUAACGUGAUUUGAGAGAGUCAGAGAUAAUAUUGAAUAACUUCGUUUUUGAAAAUAAAUAUAAUUUUUUUUUUCCAGAGAGCCUUCAGCGCCGACGAAUGUAUCGCCUGGGCGCAUAUCAUGCUCCCUCAAACAAUUUUCAACGGAGAAUCCGUUGAUGACUAUUUCCACCUCAGUGGCCAACAGGUGAUUCUGAACUCUUCCAUUUCUGUGGCUUUUCGAACUGAAAAACAAAAAAAAUCCCUAAUUUCAAGCCAAAACCGUGAGAAAACGACUUUUUUACAGUUAUUUCGCGCAACUUUUUUCAAAAAACUUCUUGAAUUUUCUCUCAAAAUGCACCUCAAUUCGGCUUCGUUGUUCCGGAAGGCCGCCUUGGCUGUUAUCUUUUUUUUCGGCGUUUCAACCGGAAUCGGCCGUUUUUCCGGCGUUUCCUCGGCCAUUGUCGGCUCUUUCCACUUGAGACGCGAUAUCGCAAACUGAAAAAAAUCAUUAUUUUUCUACUUUUUUUAUUCUUUUUCAACUUGGAAAAAUUAAUUUCUAUACACUUGAAUGUUUCAGUAAAAUGAAAUUUUUUUAAAGAAAAAUUUCAUUUUAGCGGUUCUUGUGAAGAAAUUUCGAUAAAAAAAUAUGGAUUUUUGAAGUUUUAAAAACUUUCAUUCCGUUACUCUCUACCUCUCUCCUUUUUUUUCUUGUACCAUUUCAUUUCUCUAAUCUGUUUCUAUCUUUCUCUGCGAAUUGUUACAAGAAAAGUUGGUUUUUUAGGGUGAAGGCAAAGAAGGAAUGGUGCACUUGGUUCUGGCUUUCGCCCCCGUCGAAAAUCCGGCAGCAAAUAUUCAGAAUGUCGAUCCGGCAAGCGUUCCGCCGCCUCCGCAGCGUGAGUUUGGGGAAAUUUCGGAAUAAUUUUUGAAAAAAAUGAUUUGAAAAUGAGAAAUUUUCCCUUUUUUGCAAGGACUUUUUGGGUUAAGGCCUGGAUUUUUUGUUCUUUUUUGGGUUGGGGAUUGAAAGACUGGACUUAGGGAGAGGGAAAAGGACGUUAAAAUGUUUCGGAAAAAAAAUAUAGUGGCUGAGAAAGAAAUCCUGUGAAAAUUAGCUGCGAAAAACAGAUUUCAAAACAUUUUGAAAAAAAAAACCAGGAAGAAAAUUUCGUAAAAUGGCCCACAAUGGUUUCUUGGAAAAUUAUAGUAAAAUAUCACACUGCAGAAUUGUUUUUUCAAUCCCCCAAUAGUACAACUAACCGGAGAUUAUCACAUUUCGAGUUUUUUAAAGGGUUUUUGAGUUUUCAUUUUGGAUCGAGAACCUCUGAAUAUGGAAAAUUCAAAAAUUCAUUUUUUUUUUUUUACAAUUUUAGCCAGGAUUAUGUUAAUUAAAGCUUUAUGGAUUUUUGGAAAAUAAUUGUGCGGCGGUUUAAAGGAGCAUGAACGACAUUUCAUGAAGGUCUCGAAGCGAAGAGCCGUUUUUAAGUUGUAUUUUGGGGUUUUUGUUUUACAGCAAAGGUUUUUUUGAGCUGGAUAAAUUAAGGAAAAGAUAGUUUUUGAUGGAAAAUUGAGAUAAAGAUGCUUUGAAAUUUGAAAAAAAAAACCCCCAUUUUGAAGCUUUUUUUAAAAUGAAUUUGAAUAUUGAGCCUUUUCAUGAUGCGAACGGAAUCUAUUUAGAUUUUUCCAUUGAAAUUAUUUUAUUUUGUUUUGAAAGAAAGAAAAAAGAAAGAAAAAUGUGAAGCAGGUGAAAAUUCCAAACGGAAAAGCUGAUUUCAGCUGUCGAGAUAACUGACGAAGACACGAAAGAAAUCGUGGCAAUGUUCCCGGAAAUCGACAAGGAAGUCAUUCGUUGCGUUCUCGAGGAACGGCGAGGUAAAAAAUCAUAAAAUCAUCAAAAUUUCCAGAGAAAACAUGAAAAAUUUGAUUUUCAGGCGAUAAAGAUGCAACGGUCAGCGCCCUCCUUGAAAUGACCCAAUCGAAAUAA